AUUUUGGCGUUUCUGUGUGUUUUGCCAGGUGUGGGACAUGUUCGGUGUGUUCUUCGCCAACCACCCAGACCUGAGGCGUAUUCUGACCGACUACGGCUUCGAGGGUCAUCCCUUCAGGAAGGACUUUCCUCUCUCGGGAUACGUGGAGGUGCGCUAUGAUGACGAGGUGAAGCGCGUGGUGGCUGAGCCCGUGGAGCUGUCGCAGGAGUUCAGGAAGUUUGACCUGAACACGCCCUGGGAGGUUUUCCCGGCGCACAGGGAGCCCAAAGACGCCCCGCCCAAACUGGAGGCUGGAGAGGCUCCUGAGAAGAAAUGACGUCCCUCAUGAUUCAUCCCCACGUUCUGUCUGUCCGAGUCAUUUUGGGAUCCCCCGCCCCCCAACUGAACAAAGCCACCUGAAUAUUUAUGUAAAUAAAACUAAGAAUAAAACAAUCCUGAAAAGAGA